AUGUCGGGGCCAGUCACGAGGAGCCGCGCCAAGAACAUGCAAGAGCCAGAACCGGAACCGGGUACGUCCGCUGAAAAUAAAGAACCGACCACGUCUACCCCUGUCAAAGAUAAUUCUUUAAGAGUAAGAUCGAAGACAAGCACUGUCAGCCACAAUAUAUCUGAACGAGAACAAACCAUUCGAUCUAACGUUAGUAGCGUAGUCGUUAGAAAGAAGGAGGCUGAACUAGCAGCCGCGAAACGACUAGCUAAACUAAACUUAGAACAAACCCUCAUACAGAAAGAACUUGAAGUAACAUUGGCACGUCUAGACGCCGAGGAAGCCGUCGCUCGCAAUCAAGCCGCACUAGUCGUAGCCGCGUUCAAAAAUGCCGUUGCAGACACCAGAGCCUCGUCGACCGAAAACGAAGUCAUCUCCAAACUCCGCCGUUGUUUAAAAGGAGAAGCUCGCGUCACUGUCGCCGCGCUUUUAGAUACUCAUGUUUCUGUCGCCGAGAUCAUGGAAGCCCUCGAACUACGGUUUGGCUUACCGGAACUGAUACUCCAAGAGGAAAUACAGGCACUCAAAGACUUACCUAAGCUUGUUGACAACACAGACCAGCUCAGUAAAUUUGCCUGCAAGGUUCGAAAUUGCGUCUCAACUAUCAAAGCCCUUAAAAAGCCUGAACACCUACACAACAUGGAGCUUUUACGAACCCUGAAACAGAAGAUACCCCACCUCAAGACUCGCUGGCUUAGUUACGCCCUAGAACAUGAACACCAGACAGAACCUGAACUUGUCAAGCUGUCAGAGUUCUUAAAGAAGGAAGCCCAAACUACCUCAAAGUACUGGAUGCACGAGACUACCCGCACUGCAAUAAAACCGAUGCAACAGCACAAGACUCAUUAUGCGAUAUCUGAAGAUAGUGAUUCUGAUCCUGAACCUGAACUUUGUUAUGCUUCAAGUCAGCCCAAAGCUCCCCUAGAAAUGUUAUGCCUAUACUGCAACUCCAAGACUCACCUUCUCAAGAACUGCGAACAGUUUCUCCGCCUGUCGAUUGAUGAACGCUGGGAAUGGGCGAAAGAGGCUAAGGUGUGCUUUAAGUGUUUGAAGUCUAGGCACCAUAGAGAGAGCUGCCGAGCCCGCCCAUGUGGCACAGAGGGAUGCCGGAUGUCUCACAAUAGACUACUUCACUCUCCGACACCUCGUCAACCCGAUUUAUCAGCCUUCGUACACCCAUCAACAUCGAGCCCUCAAUCAAACCCGGAGGUAGAAACUGAGAAACCACCACAAGAGACAACGGCUUGUGGCAGAGCUAACAAAUCUCGGGUUCUAUUAAAAUUUAUUCCUGUCCGAAUCCAAGGACCAAUAAAGUCCAAAUUAACUUACGCCUUUUUGGACGGAGGAAGUACACUAACUCUUCUAAAGCAAGAUCUCGCAAAUGAAAUUGGCCUGAAAGGGAUCGCCGAACCAAUGAGCCUGACUGGUAUGAACGCGACCGCCGAUCAUCACGGAUCUCAACGUCUUGACGUAGAAGUUACUGGACCCUCAAAUGUGCCACUAAAAUUAUACGACGUCAGAACAGUUGAAAAAUUACCGAUUUCACCACAAACUGUUGCCAACAUCGACGAAUACGAACAUCUAAAGGACCUACCCAAGACUGGGCUAUGCUAUGAGUAUGGAGUCCCAGAGCUCUUGAUCGGCCUGGACAACUGGCAGGCGACCAUUACGAAAGAGGUUCGUAAAGGAAAAAGAACCGAACCAUUAGCCACUCUGACUCCACUUGGGUGGGUUGUGCAUGGAUUUUCCCAUUCACACACCAACACUGUACAUUUCGUAGGCCACACUGACGAGGAUUUACAUCGAUUGAUUGAAGACUAUUUCACAAUUGACGCUCUAGGGGUCACGAAUAAGAUGAAGUUGAAUGAAGAUGAUGAACGAGCCAUUGCGAUUCUAAAAAAGACAGCGAGAAGGGUAGAAGAUGGCAAAAGAUGGGAAGUAGGACUUUUAUGGAAAGAGGAUAACCCUGUAAUGCCCAAGAGCUUUUCCCACGCCUCAAAGAGAUUAUUAUCUGUAGAAAAGAAAAUGGAUAAAGACUUGGUGUAUGGCCAAAAAUACAAAGACAACAUGGACAAUUUUUUGAACAGUGGGUAUGCUGGUCCCUGUGAGCCAGUUCAAUCGCCAAAGAAGUGGUAUCUCCCUCAUUUUGGAGUUACUAACAUUAACAAACCAGGAAAGCUCAGAAUCGUGCACGACGCUGCCAGUAAAGUGCAAGGUAUAUCACUGAAUGACAAACUGCUCACCGGACCCGACUUAUUACUCUCACUGUUAGCAGUCAUUUUUAAAUUCAGAGAAGGCGAAGUAGCCGUAUCUGCGGAUAUAAAAGAAAUGUUUCUUCAGAUCCGUAUAAGACCAGAGGACCGUCCCGCUCAACGCUUUCUUUGGAGAGAAUUUGACAGAAAAGGGCCUAUGAAGGAAUUCGAAAUGAAAUCAGUAAUUUUUGGAGCCACUUCUUCGCCAGCAACUGCAAUAUAUAUAAAAAAUAGAAACGCAGAAGAUUUCACUGAGGAUUAUCCGGAGGCUGUGGAAGCAAUAAAGACCCGAUUCUACAUGGAUGACUAUUUACACAGCUUCCAUUCCGUAGAAAUAGCUCGUAAAAUCACUAAAGAAGUUGCGCAUAUAAACAAGGAAGGGGGGUUCACUUUAACACAAUGGGUAUCGAACAACGAAAGCGUUAUGCAAGAAAUUGAAGAAAGCAAAAGAGGCUCAGGAGGCGUUAACCUCGAUUUCAAUGUAAAUGUCAAAAUUCUGGGACUAAGAUGGAAUCCGUGUGAAGAUACUUUUGGGUUUAAUUUAAACCUGACAAAAUUGCCCACCGAAAUUAUUGACCACACGCGAAAACCCACAAAGCGAGAAGCGCUAAAAGUUGUGAUGAGUGUGUUCGACCCACUUGGUCUUUUGACGCCUAUUGUCAUUCAAGGAAAGAUCCUUCUUCAACAAAUAUGGCGAUCUGGAAUAGGUUGGGAUCAAGAUGUGCAAGAUGACGAUCAUCUUAUAUGGAAGCGUUGGAUUGGUCGUCUUAUUAAUGUUUGCACAUGUAAAGUUCCACGGCACUACGUACCAGAGCCUACUAGUUGCGCUAUUGAACUGCAUAUUUUCUGCGACGCCAGCGAGAAAGCAUACGCAUCAGUGGCGUACUGGCGUUUUGUACGAGAAGAUGGAAAGAUAUGGGUUGCGCUUGUCACAAGUAAAUCCCGCGUGACCCCACUAAAACCAGUCUCUAUUCCCAGGCUUGAACUUCAAGCUGCUGUUCUUGCGACACGACUUGCUUGUGCAAUAGAGAAAGAUCAUGACACCAUUAAACCCGCUAAAAGGUAUUUUUGGACUGAUUCCUCAGCCGUAAUCUCAUGGAUUAAGGGAGACCCGAGAAACUACAAAACCUUCGUUUCUAAUCGGUUGGGUGAAAUCGCAGAAAAUACGAAUAACAGAGAGUGGAGAUGGCUUUCGACGUCACAUAACGUAGCAGACGACGCUACCAGAGAAAUUGAAAAUUUAGAUCCCGAACACCGAUGGUUCAAAGGCCCGUCAUUCCUAUACCAACAGCCUGAAAGGUGGCCCUCUUACAGUGAAGUUGCUGCACCAACGAGCCUAUUGGAAAUUAAGAAACCUACCUACGAUGUCCUCCCAGUGAGUGCAUAUACUACUACAUGUUUGCCUGACAUCACCAGAUUACCUAAAUGGCUCAGACUCAUCAGAGCCACAGCACAUGUUUUUACAUUCCUGGAGAGUAUUCGAACGAAGGAACGUACUGGUCUUAAAUUGGAACAUAUCAAAAGAGCUGAAGAGGCAUGGGCAAAGCAAUCUCAAAGUCAAAGCUUCCCGAUUGAAUUGGAAGAUUUCAGAAAUAAUAGGCCUUGUGAUAAGAACAGUCGACUACAUGACUUGUGUUCAUUCAUUGACAAUCAUGGAUUAUUGAGAUUGCGGGGAGAGCCGGCGCUGUUAACGAAGUAG